CUUCCAGGCAACGUAUCGAAAAUGCAAUCUCUGAAAAUCCUCGAAAUGAUGCCUGCAGAAUGCCAAAAGAUGAUGCCGAAAUAUUUACGGGCAUCAAGUAUAAUGACUGAGCGUCUGAGGAACGAUUGGCGUGAUUUUUGAGGAAUGUUGCUGUAAAAUAAUGGGACGGUUUCAAAACUUAUGGAGCUUAACCUUCAUGGCAAUAUUUUUGGAAAGUUGUACAUGGAUUUCUUGCUGCCAUCCAAAUUCUAAAAAACUCCAUGCAUGUUUGAACAUUUAUUUGGAAAAAGGCUUUCCUCAUAUUGAAACUGCAGUUCAAGGGCAACAUUCCAGAACAAGAUGGGGAAGAAGAAAUCUAGAAGGCCCUGCUCUGCAGGAAAUUUGCCUGCAUAUGUCUAGCCUGUAUGAUUGUUACAAGGAAGUAUUAAUUGAAUGUGACACAUUAUGGCAGAUGAACAGAUUUUCAAGGAUGGUUGAAGUUUUAAAUGCUACUUACAUCCAUCUUUGUGAAAAUACAACGAAAAAUUUAAGAGAUCUUCUCUUUUUAAGCGGUUGUCUUAAUGAUGCAAAAGACCAGAUCAGCGCUUGCUCCAAGGAAGGGUUCAACUGGUUCAUGACCUGGAGGCAAGUAUUGAGACUACAAGUUUCUCCACAAGAGAAGUGUCUCGAUUUGGACAGGUAUAGGACUUGCGUAGGAAAACUCUUGCCGGAUAUUGUCUGCAGCGAAGAAGCUACUCGUGUUUAUGGUGCUUUCAUGGACGUAUGGCUGCGACACUGGUGUAACAAGAACGCCACUUCAACAGAAAAUUUGGCAUAUUUGUACUUGCCUGUUUAUUUUUUCAAUGGAGAUAAAAAUGUUUCAACUUUGGAGAGUGAACACGAAAAUACACCAAUAUUGGAAGUUUAAACUAUUGGUAUUUUUCCAUUAUAGGUACUAAACUCGUUUUAUGGCUCUUGGCUACUUGUUUAAGCUCAAAAUUGACAAGAAGAGAAAAAUGUUUACAUAGUUCCAAUUUUUGUUCCUUAUGUUUUAAUUUUACGUUUUAAAGUUACUUUUUUUGCUUACUAAUAACUUAAUACAUUUACUUGGCGGAUUACUUUAAUUUUCAAUGAUGAAUUUAUUUUAGUGGGAUGUUCGCGCUAUUUACUAGUUUGUUUUUCUAUGUUUCGUGAAUUAUUUAACAUUUUUAUUUAGCAGAUGUUUUUCCUUUUUAAUGGCUCGUUCUUUCGGCCUUUUUAAUGGCAUUCCUCUAAUUAAUUAAAUUAUUUAUCAAAUUAUUUCUCACUUUAACGGAACUUUCAAACUUGUUUUGUUACACAGUCCAUUAAAAAGACCGAAUCAUCAAUGGUAUCGCAAAACAAGUAGUUUCUACUCAACUUUCCUCCAACUUGGUGCCAAUAAGUAAAAAAAAAAAGCAACUCGCCAAGAAUAAGAAUGCGCCAUGGACCAUGUCUACAAUGUUAAAAAUAUAAAACAAUUUCAAACAUGUCUGCUAAACGCAUAAAAUUUCCAAUCAAUUUUCUCUUCUACAUGCAUUUCAAAGAAGGCAAAAGAGACAAAUGUAAAAGAAAUAGCUUGUCUUGUCUUUCUAACGUUUAUGGUCAUCAAUAUUUUAAAUAUAUGUUAAGUUAUUCUUAGACAGUUCUGUUGUGAUUACAUAAGUGAGACAAAAGUAAUAGUAUUUAUUAAAUGUAAUUUCACUGUAUAUUAAAAUAUUUUCAUCA